CUCUUUUAAGCAUUAGAGGAAGAUCGCGAUACCCCAGACUGUUCGACCCAGCUCUGUGGUUCUGGGAAAGGGUGGCCAUCAAUGUUGCUGUCAUAAUAUCCGGGACAGAUACCAAAUCCAUUACCGGUAUGCUCAUCGCUGUACCCAUCCUGCACUGUACAAGGCUGACAUGUGUGGAACAAGAAGCUCACGAGCUCUACCGUCCUUUCAAUCUCAUCGUACCCAUCAUACCCAUCGUCUCAUCCAACAUCAAGUAUCAUUUGAUGCCAAUGGCACACAACAUCGCCCGCAAGGCAUACUCUGCCGAACAACUCUUGGCCCUACGCCAUUCGGCUUCGGAUGAGACUGCUCUCCAGAUCGAAGCCAAGGCCCAAGAUGGAGCCAUCAAAGAUCAUGUUGUCCGCAAUACACGCUCCUUCGCUGCUCGCUCUUCGCGUUCGUUCGCCACGUCCGACACUUUGCAUCCACCUCCUCCCACGGAGCCACGCCAGUUCAAUGCACCAGUGCUCGCCGAGAUUGAUCCCAACAACCAGAACUUACGUCCUGGACUAGCUGCCAACCGUUACCGCCCCUCUCCGACUCCAUCACUGAAGAAGCGCAAGGCCGAGCAAAUUCUUAAGGAUCAUGGCUCUCCUCCUGGACUUCGCGUCACCGCUGGAGGUCGCAUCGUCCCCAGUGACCAGUCCCCUCUGUGCAGCCCGCGCUAUGGUUACAGUGCCAUCAAGAAGAACGGCAUGCUCAUCAAGUUCGGCCCAAACUUCCCAGCUCCUCCUGGUGGCAUUCCAAUGCAGAGGAACGGCUUGCCCAAUGGUUUCGUCGCUCAGGAUCCCAAUGGCAGACUUUGCCAGAUGGUCGAUGGCAAGUUCUUGCCCGUUGAUGAUGUCGACGGCAUUCCUCAGCUCUAUAUUGCUGCUCCCAACUUGACCGGCAGCACCGGCUUCCCAGCUGGCGAGAAGGAGGAAGUCCCUGGCGCCACUCCGUUCGACAACUCGAGCAGACAGCAGCCCAGUCAGAGUUUCGAAGUUGCACCUCCAACCGGCCCAUCGAUCAAGCAGACGACCAUGAAGCAGCCUACCGUCAGUGUCGCCAUGCAGAUCCAAGCUCUGGAGAAGCAAUACACCAAGCUGGAACAAGAGUCAAAGGAUCUCGACAAGGUUGAAGUCUUGCAACGCAGCUCAAUGAGCUCCAAGGCAUACAACCAGCUUGUUCAGAACCGUCGUGAGCUCGUCAGCCGCAUGAACUCAAUUCGUGUCAGCCUCAAGUCGCUGCGUGGAGAAAAGUCUUCGACCGACCACUCGCCCCAAACCAUGCUUCAGUCGAUGCAGCCGCAGUUCAGUAUGCCACCCUACGGUCCGACAGUCAUGAUGGGACCGGCAGGACCAAUUCCGGACUGGGCCUUCGACGGCAAUGGUCCCGAUUCUCACAACGUGCCUCCGUUCCAUGGUGCUCCCAUGCCACACGGUCUCGGAUACUACGGCCCUCCUCCACCAGGCUACCCAGGUGCCAUGGCGCCAUACCCAGGCAUGUUCGGUCCAAUGCCGCCAAUGUUCAACAUGAUGGGAAUGCCUCCCGUCGACGCAUACGGCAACUUCAUGCCUCCCAUUCCCAACAUGGAUCCUCAGGCCUUCUCCAACGGCAGCCCACCUGCUCCACGUACUGAAGCAGUCCAAGAAUCUGCACCAAUCAGCCGCAGACCUGCAGAGACCACGGCCGUGUCGCAGCAGGAUUCUCCACGCAGAACGCAUGCUCUGCAGAUCAAGGUCCCAGAGAACAAGUCAGAGGAGAGCCAGAAGUCGGCACUCAACCCCAUGAGCCCCAGCUACCAGCCUGCCGGCAAGUCGACACCCACAUCCAAGGUUGUCCCGACCCGUGUCGCAUCACCAUCUCCUGCCCUUGCUGAGGCUGUCAGACAACACAAUGCCUGGAUCACCGAGUCGGCCAAUGCUUCGGCCACCAACUUGAACUCUGCCGGUUCUCAGCGCAAGCUCCGAUAUCAGUCGUCCUCUUCAAGCUACGCCACUGCCGAUUUCUUUCCCAACAACCCUCGCGACCAUUCGAUGAGAAAGGAUGCCUACCCAAUUGUGCAUGAUCGCAACGCAAGCCGCAACAAGAUGGGCGAACAUCCUUCGGCUUCGAGUGAGCAGCCAAUCACCCCUGACAAGGAGAAUCAGGAUCCAGGUUGGACUUUCGCACCGGUCGCCAGUGUCACCACGCCACCUACCAUGUACGAGCAAGCUGUUGAUCAGCCAGCCAUCCCAGAGAUGGGACACGUCGAUCCUGUUCAGAAUCGCUCUGAGAUGAAUGUCAGCCCCAAGAACCGUCGUCCUGAUUAUCUGAUGGGCCAUAAGCCUGUCAGCGAGGCUGCUAGAAUCGGAUCUGGUCUUCCUUCUCCGGCUCUCGACUCUUCUCACUAUGCACUCUCUCAGCAACCCGAGGCUGUUGUCUCAUCCAAGUCUUCCAAGCAGGGCUUUGGUCUUGAGGAGACUGCUUACAUAUCUGGGUUCAAAGCUGGUGAAGCCCGUCUGCCUGUCAGUGUCGAGAAGAAUGGUCUUUGGCUCGACGGAUACUGUGCUGGUCUGCUCAAGUCUGCCCAGACCUCAGCCACAACUGCUCUUUCUCAACCAAAGGCUCCAGUUCCUGGUCAUGCAGCUCUGGCAAUCGUCAAGCCUUACCUGCAGCCGGAUCAUGCAAUCGUCGGGACACAGCGCCCGGUCUCGACCGUCGAUGCGAAGGUUACGCCAGUGAACAUUCUCAAGGACGUAAUCUUCUCGACUCAGAACGAGAAUGCCGUUCUCACUCCAGACCCCAACGGACCUCACAUCAACGACUUGGCUGGUUUGCAUCUCGGCAGCUGGGCCAAGACUCAUCAAGCUUCUAUGCCUGUCGAGUCUGAUGCUGUUCUUGCCCGUGUGCGCAACGGCGAGACAGUUCUGCCAGAACGCACUUCUUCUGCGAUGCAACGUCAACUCCCAAAUGCCGGCAUUUCGACUGAUCACAGUCGUACUGGCAUGCCACUUGCCAAGAUGGCCGAUGUCAUGGCGGAGCGCGAGAAGGUGCAUGUUCCUCAGGACCGUCGCGCCACGUCUGCACAGAUGCCAGCCGGCGGCUCUCCGACAGCUUACUUCCAGCGAAACUAUCCCGCUCAUCGUGUCAUGAGCUCGCAGCUCGAAUGGAAGUCAGGAUCGUCCAUCGCCCAGGUGGCAGGAUUGGCCACAGGAUACUUCGCGCAGUACGACGGUACGAGAUCAGAUGCCAACACUAUUACAAACAGACAGCCGCUGACUCAGAUGUCUGGCAACACAGGCAUGACGACACACGAUACCAUGGCUGGAGCCUUGCCCGAGAAGCAGACCAGCAUGUCGGGCAGAUUCACCGAGGGAUCUAUGACGACCGACACCAAGACUGGCAGUCCAUCGUCGUCGCCUGGCAAGAGAUCUCCAACCAAGGGCUCACCGGCCAAGGUCAAGUUUGCACAGAUUGCCGGCAGAGCUGGAAUCAAGGUUCGCAGCGACAGCAGGGAUGAACAGGAGAGCGAGCCCAGCAGCCCUCAGGAGAAGCGUCGCUGGAGAGACGUAUGGGGCAAGAGAUUCACCGAGAGCGGAGCCCGUGAGGGUGAACAGAAGCAAGGCGGUCGCCAUUGAUGAGGCGUGAAAGGUUGUUGGACAUACUCGAGUCGUUGGAACAUUAUACUUUGGCACCAACGUUGAUGGCUACAGGAGGCAGAUUGCAGAAGCAUGUUAGCAGGCGAGAGAUUGAUGGCUUCCGGAGCUCACGUGGCUCAAACAGGAUUAACUAGAGGCAUGUUUUUUGAUUGAGUUUUGCAACUGACAGCAUAUUCAGAAGAAGCAGAUGAUAGACCGGGACUGUUGGAGGAUAAGCAGAGUAUACUUGCUUCAGAUAUAUUCAGACG